GGCAGAGAGAGUGCGAGUGAGGAGUACUGUAGUAGUGGUGAAUACGAGUGUAUCGUUCAAUACAUUUCACCCAUUUUUCCAACCUAUCACUCAAUGUAUGAGAUCUGCGGACACAACUCGUUGUCACUCAUAUAGUGUACACAUAAUAGUUAGUCAACUCUCGUAUAUUGUUUGGUGUUGUUGUAGUGGAUGUGUUAGCGGUGAUCAUCAGUGAUGGCAGUGUUGGUGAUGCGGCCAUUGGUGCGAUGGCACACAUUUCGGGUGAUGUUAUUGACAUCGAUGGUGUGGCUUAUCGUCGGUGUAUGUCUUCUGGUGUAUUAUAUGGAGUGUUUGGCACAAAACGCCGUCAAUUGUAACCGAAACACACAAUUCAAUGACAUUCGCGAUCAUAACAACAAUAACCAGCGAUUCAGCGAUGAAUCCAAUGACUAUCUCAACGAUAAUAUUGUCCAAAAGUUUGUGUCCAACCAAAAAGCAGACAAUAGUUUUUUACCUCAAUAUAAAGCCAAUCAACUCAGGCCUUGGUCUCCAAGAGUCCUGAAGUCGAAUCCCUCUCAUUGGUUGGGAGAGAACGGAAAGGCAGUCAUAAUAGGCAAAGAAGAAGAGGACCUCAAGAAUGAAAACUCUUCGAAUCCCUCUCAUUGGUUGGGAGAGAACGGAAAGGCAGUCAUAAUAGGCAAAGAAGAAGAGGACCUCAAGAAUGAAAAGUUUAAUUUAAAUAAAUUCAAUCUCUUGGCCUCCGAUAGGAUAGCUCUCAACAGAUCCCUUCCUGACGUCCGAAUGGAUGGCUGCAGACGUAAACAUCACCCAAAACUGCUUCCCUCGACAUCUAUAAUAAUUGUCUUUCAUAACGAGGCGUGGAGUACACUAUUGCGCACCGUUCAUAGUAUUAUCCGUACGUCUCCGGAACCACUCAUCCAAGAGAUUCUUUUAGUCGAUGACGCCAGCGAAAGAGGUAAACAAUUAGAGGAAUAUGUGGCGACACUACCGGUUAGUGUGAAAGUGUUGCGAACGGGCAAACGCUCGGGUCUAAUACGGGCCAGACUUAUAGGCGCUAAAGAGGCCAAAGGAGAUGUCCUCACGUUUUUAGACGCUCACUGCGAGUGCACUAAAGGAUGGCUCGAACCACUCCUCUCCAGGAUUGUUGAGGACAGAACUCGAGUCGUUUGUCCUAUAAUUGAUGUGAUAAGUGAUGAGAAUUUUGAGUACAUUCCGGCCUCAGACAUGACUUGGGGUGGAUUUAAUUGG